CCACUCCCUGUAGCCCCCCAAGCUCCUCCAUUUUUUUGCAAGAGUAGAAGAAGUGGAGAGAUAAGAUGGUGGAGGAGAAAGAAGAUCUUCGUAACUUCGCUGCAUCGCCACCGGAGUAACAAGCUUCUGCUUCUCCUUGACGGCCUCCGGAUUUCAGAGGGAGAUCCACCAGCAGCCCAUGAACGUCGUACCCAAAGCCUGAACUGGAAGCCCAUCACCCGAUACGGCGGCUACUUUGCCACGGCCCACAAAUCCCGCGAACUCGGUGGGUCGGGCGCGCGCUGCUGCCGAGAAGCCUGGUCUGGCCGGGACCCUGGCUAUAUAUGAGAGAGAACCCUCGCCUAGGGUUCCUUCCUACGCCGCCGACUCGGAAACAAACAAGCAAGCAAACCGUCUCUUGCAAUUACAGGGAUGGAGCAGACCUACAUCAUGAUCAAGCCCGACGGUGUCCAGAGGGGCCUCAUUGGUGAGGUCAUCAGCCGCUUCGAGAAGAAGGGCUUCUACCUCAAGGCCAUGAAGCUUGUGAACGUGGAGAAGUCCUUCGCCGAGAAGCACUACGCCGAUCUGUCUUCGAAGCCCUUCUUCCAGGGCCUCGUGGAGUACAUCAUCUCGGGCCCCGUGGUCGCCAUGGUCUGGGAGGGCAAGAAGGUUGUCGAAACUGGCCGCAAGAUCAUCGGCGCCACCAACCCCCUGGCUUCUGAGCCUGGCACCAUCCGUGGUGACUUUGCUGUGGACAUUGGCAGGAAUGUCAUUCAUGGAAGUGACUCAGUUGAGAAUGCCAGAAAGGAGAUUGCCCUGUGGUUCCCUGAGGGCCUCGCUGAUUGGCAGAGCAGCCAGCACCCCUGGAUCUAUGAGAACUAAGCUGCAAUAGCUUGUCACUUCGAACCUUGAGAGCUUGAGAAUCCAUGGCAGAAGUCAUACUGUUAGCUGCUCUAUUUAGAGUUCGAUGAUAAAAUUGAUAUCAGUAUUCAGAACCUUAUUUGUGUUAACUGAAGUUUUCUUCCUUGGCUUGCAUGUUAUGUAUGCAUGCCCUUUUGCUUAUGAUAUUUCAUAUGCUGUUACCUUUA